GUUUUACGUACUCCUGGAUCUCAGUGAAUUCGUCGUGGAGCUUUGGGGACAUGGGGAGCAGCCGUGAAACCUGCCCAUCCCCGCAAUCCAAACCCGGAUCGAAGCCCGUCGUCCCUUGAUCGAACCAUCCAUCCCUCCUUUAGUACCCCAGAUCAGCCACCACCACCUGUCAAUCCCACCGCACACCCUACCGACAGGACAAAUCCCUCCCCCUGCAGCACGCGCAACCCAUCCGCGAUGAACAUCUUCCUAGACUUCGACGGCACCAUCACCGCCAAGGACACCGUCGGCGAGCUAGCCCGGUUCGCCCUGGGCGUGCAGGCCGCCGAGGGCGCCGACCUCGCCACCGCGUGGGACGCCGUCGUGCGCGCGUACGUCGAGGACCACGGCGCCCACGCGCGGGGGUACGACCCGCCGGCGGCGGCGCGCACGGCGCCCGAGCAGGAGAUCGCGUUCCUGCGGCGCGCGAAGGCGGUGGAGGCGCGGUCGCUGGCGCGCGUGCGCGACUGCGCGCUGUUCCGGGGCAUCGAGCGGGAGGCGUUCCGGGCGGCGGGGCGCGAGCUGGUGCGCGCGGGCGCGGUGCGGCUGCGGCCGGGGUUCCGGGCGUUCGCGGCGCGGUGGGCGGCGGCGCCGGGGGCCCGCGUCUGGGUGCUGUCGGUCAACUGGUCGGCGGCCUUCAUCGAGGGCGUCUGCGGCGACGUGCCCGGCCUCACCGUCGUGGCCAACGACGUGCGCCCCGCCGACGGGUCCGUCGCCGGGCCCCCCGCCCUCGACCUCCCCGGCGACCCCCCCGGCCAGCCCCGCAUCCUCACCAACUCCCGCGACAAGCUCGACGCCAUGCACGCCCUGCUGCGCGCGGCUGCCCGCGAGGCCCACCCCUCCGUCUACUUCGGCGACUCCACCACCGACCUCGAGUGCCUCCUCGCGGCGCACCGCGGCUUCGUCGUCGCCGACCACGACGGCUCGUCGCUGCUCCAGACGCUGAGGAGGAUCGGCAAGGAGGUGCCGCAUGUAAGGAACCGAGACGCGGCGAGCAGUAAUAGCCUGGCAUGGACGUCGGAUUUCGACAGCGUGCUCGACUUAGAGCUCGUCUGAGUUGAUGAACGAAGUGCCCGCCGUGCCCGCCUCGCUUCUCCCCGAACAUCUACGUCCAUUCCGGUUUCUCGCGUAAUGCCUCCGCCUACUUAGGUGGUCACGCAGUCUAACGAAAGCACUUCCGCAUUUGGGUCUACGUAAUAAUCUACGAGAGCUCAUACUGAGGGCUCUUG